UACGAGCGUUUGGUUUGCGAUAGGUCAACGGUUCCAGCAUCCACUCUUUAUUUCAAAACACGCAGUUUUUGUCCGGCCUCACUCAUCCGUGCACUGGGAUGUAUGUUUUGCCCAUUGGCUGUCCACUCGUUCUCGCUCAACUCUUCUAUCUUCUUAUCUCUCUCUCUCACACACUCUCUGUUGAUAAACUUGUAUCGAUGUUAAUUAGUGUAAGCGGAAUGCAUGCAAGCAAACUUCUCUAACGGGCUCCCACAUUUUUGUCUCACUUUUUAAUUCCAAAUCCAUAAAUUCAAACCAAAAUCAAUUCAUCCCACGAGUGACGUCACUGUCACGGUGCAAUAUCCUUUCGACGGUGUUGUGUUGAGCUCCUUUUCCAUGUUGUUUUGCACGUAUUAAAAUCAUCUUUCCGUUUUCUUCGUGCUCUGUCAUUGCACGUUUGCGAAUGCAGCGAAUUUUCCGACUUCUAAUUCAAACCAUAAUUUACUAGCUUUACCAGAGGAUAUGUACUUGCCAGCAAUAGGUCAUACAGUAGAAGGGGAGUUUUAAGACGAAUGAACACUGUUGUGAGGACAGUGCCUUCACUUGUGUUUCGAGAAUGGGCAACGAGGAAAAGAGAAAAAAGAAAAAAGAAAAGAAAGAGAGGUAGGGGCAAGGACAGAGCAUUUUGCAAUUUCAUCGUUUGGGAGCCCAUUUUCUCAGGAUUUUUUACGUUCCCCCAAAGCAGCAGCUAGCAGCCAGUAACCCUCGUCAAAAGGGGUGUGGAAACAACUGCCGCUCAGUUUGCUUUCCAAAGAAACACUGGAAAAUUUCGAUCGCGACAAAUCUGCAGCAUUCAUGUAGCCAAAACGGAACAUUUUCGCCCCGCCCCGCCCAUCCCCCGCUCCAUCCCGUGAAGGCAGCCACGCUUGCACUAAGCGCACAUGUUGGAGCGCGAUCGCCGUGACGCAAAAGUAAAUACUCAAACGAAAAAAAUAUAAUAUAAUGAAAAGACUGACUUAGUAGAGCGAAGCCGUAACACAACCAAGCAAAAAAUGAGGGAAAACCUAACUAAAAAAAAUGUAGCUAGCCAGAGAAUUAAUAUGAGCCUAGCGCGCAGCUCGACUGUUUUUAGCUCAUGAUUAUUAAAUUACUUCUAGUAGGAACCUGGGGUAAAGCAGAACAAAAUCAACAACAACAAAAGAAGAUUUCAGCGCGUGCGCCAGAGCUAGAUGGAAAACAUCACAUGCCUUAGCUUCGAGAACGAUUCACAAACGGCAGAAACCGCUUCAGCAAAGUGCAUUUUCACACUCGAGUACUACUGCAAGCACCGCGACCGCGCAUGGCACGGAAAGAAAAACAAAAUUCAAAUACCGCACACGGUAGCCGCUCCUGGGAACUUGUAGCAAUAAAUUGGGCCAAAUGUUUCGUUCUCCCACUUUGUGUAGCUUGCAAAUGUUUUCCGUUUACUGGAAUAACAAUGGCACUCACCACCACCACCACCACGACCACGACCACCAAGCAGUUGCUGCACGCGAAAUGCUCUUUCUUCCUCAACCCCGAGAUAGACUAUACUGUCAAUUUCUGACGAUAGUACACGGCAAGCUUGGUGUUUAAGUUUCCUCAGUCAAAGGAUCUCCGAAUACGAUGGGAAAUUCGGAACCUUAGAUGGAACCCGUGCGGUGGCAGUAAUAACAAUGAUGAUCGAUGAGUUGCCGCAUGAGCGAGCGGGAAAGAUCGAUCGCUGGAGCUGGUUUGCCGAGUGCGAGAAUUGCAUGGAUCCAGCUCCACGUGGCUCACGCUCACGGGAUGGGCUCCCAAACAAUGAAGUAACUAGCAGACGCACCACAGGAGGCCAGCAGAAUAAAUGUGACUCGCAAUUCCAAAGAAAGCGACUCAGUGUAGUGAGCUGAUUCGGUAACUUUUGCAAUUGUAAACCAACAAAAAACGUGUCGCUAUCAACGUCGUCGUCGUCGUCGAAUGGAAAUAUUUGUUAUUUAUUGAGGUAGUAUCUAACAAGCAACAGGUGUUACUAAAUGUGGUCGAGGGCAAAACAAAAAUCAAGAACGAGAGCACACACUCUCGCUACGCGAUAAGAAGUAGGCGAACUGUAAAAUGAAAGCACACACCUUAAAACAUGCGAAAAAAGCUGAAGCGCAGGAGCAAAGAAAAAGUGAAGAUUUAAAAUGGGUCAAACCAAGUGUUAAGGCAACGAUCUACAAUCAUCAAAUGGAAACAUGCUCUAUAAAAGGGGAAAGAGAGCUAAAUGAAGAGGAAGAGAAGAAGAAUAAAGCAUAAGCAAAACAUACGAUCUACAAAAAAAAUCUUGGUAGGAUCUCAAAUCCCGACCGCAAAGCCAUGCUAGAGCCAUGGCACAUGAAGAGAGGCCUAACCACAAAUAUACCAAAGCGGGAUUCGUGUUUGAGGUGUGUCUAGUGGAAGCAAUCACUCAAAAUGCCGCGAACGGUGAGAACCGGAAAAACAAUACGUUCCAAACGUAGCAAGUAAAGAAAGUAGGAAAGGAGAAACCAGCAGGAAGAAUAACAAUGAAACCGAGGAUAAAAAAAGAGAGAAACGAAGGAAGCAGCAAACAGAAAUAAAAGGAAAACCCCUCGAGUAAGCAAGUCCCGUAGCACAGAAGAGGAAAUGGAGCAACAAGAUAGAAGACAGGCGGGAAGGAAGAAGAAAGCCCAACUGGAAAGUCAUAUUAACUAAUUUAGAUAUAAUAAAUAUAUUAAAAUAAAACCAAAAACCAUUCAAAAACAAGUUGGAUUGAGUUCGUUUUGUUUUACUCGUUUUGUGUUUCGAUUAUGAACGAUUUUCUGUUCUUAAAUUCGUAGUCCG